AUGCAGAUUCAACUUGCAGAGUGUUAUCGAUUUGCUAUCAACUUCAAUGUCCUUGAAAUCGAAGUUCCUUCCAUUCAACGACAAAGUGGCAGUAUAGACUGCGGACUUUUCGCUAUUGCGUUUGCGUAUGAGUUAGCGUCAGGAAAUGAGCAUACUAUACAAAGCAAACAGUUCAAACAACAUCGCAUGCGAGAUCAUUUGAUCAGAUGCCUCGAGAAUGGCGAGUUCAAGCCUUUCCCAGCACAGAUUAACAACAAGCGGAAAAGAGAAGAUCCAAACAUUUUUGAGAUCGAAUUGUUUUGCAAUUGUCUUAUGCCUGAAGUGAGCGACGACAUGAUUUUGUGCGAUUUGUGCGACCACUGGUUUCACUUCGGUUGCGUGAAUGUGAAAGGUAUAGAAGGCAAUGAACAGUGGUUGUGCCCCAAAUGUACUCCUCCAGCAUCUUGA